GUCACAUUUUGAGUAUUUCUACCAGGUCCACUGUGCAGAGGAUCAGUAUUUCUGAUAUCACUUGUUAGUGCCUUAUAGUCAAAUAGUUUGAGGUAGUGCAUUUUAACACUUGGUCUAAACGAUGGCUCAUUACGAAGAAGUAAAUGUGCGCGGUUAUGAUGAAUUCUGUCAGGCUGUGUCUGAGAGGAAAGGAAAGGAUAUUUUUGCUUAUUUCUCUGGGGAUAAAGACGCCUCAGGAAAGAGCUGGUGUCCAGACUGUGUGACAGCGGAGCCAAUUGUCAGAGGACAGAUGAGUCAUCUUCCUGAGGGCUCUGUUUUCAUCUACUGUCAAGUUGGAGAAAGGGCCUAUUGGAAGGAUUCAAGUAAUGCGUUCAAGAAGACGCUGAAGUUGAGUGGAGUCCCCACUCUGCUGCGAUACGGCACACCUCAGAAGUUGGUGGAGGAGGAAUGCUUCAAAGCCGAUCUGGUGAGGAUGAUGUUCACCGAGGACUGAGGCAUCCUGAUCUCUUCACAUCAGUCAUUUCAUCAUUUCUUCGCUGUUUAACAGUAAAGUUUACCACCAUUCAAUUCCAGCAUCAUUGUCAAACCAUGCACUACGUACAUCUCCUUCUGUCAUGUGAUGCAAAUCAACAACACUGUAACUUUACAACCAAAAUAACGAGCAUCCUGUGUAAGACACAGCUAUUCACUUAAUUCCGACGGGAAUAUCUUGCAAAGACAAACAUGUGGAACGGACGUAAUUCCUACUAAUGUUUCUUGUUCUGCUUUAUGUGCAAUCACUCAGUCCCGAUUUGUAAUUUGAUCUCGAUGCAUUUCUUCAAAUGUAAUGUUAAUCUAACACACUGUUGAUUUGAAAAAUAUCUUUAUUGUGACCAUUUUAUUAUGUGAUUUUUUUGUUGCCUUGCAGUAGGACUCAAAUGAAGUAGGACUUGAUGUUGCAAAUCGGUAGCAAAAGAAAACGUUUUUGUAAAGUGUUGUAUUAUGACUGAUAAAGCUGAAAUGUUGAAGUCCCACAA